AUGUCAUCUGACCCAAGUGACUUCAAGACUCUCACCGCUGGACAUUUUCUUACCAUGGGACCACUCGUCACCUUGCCAUCGCCUGAAGAACUGACUAACCCUACGGCCUCCAUAAGCCCUCGAAACCGUUGGUCACUUAUUCAGCAGAUUCAUCAACACUUCUGGUUACGUUGGAACAAAGAAUACCUCCAUACCCUGCAAGAGCGACCGAAAUGGGCUCAUCAAAAUGUAAACUUGCAAGAGAAUGAUUUGGUUAUUGUUAGAGAACCUUCCCCCCCACUAACUUGGAUUACAGCACGAGUAGUCGAAGUGCACCCUGGCACAGAUGGAGUCGUCAGAGUAGCAAAAGUAAAAACAGCACAGGAAAAGCUCCUUACUCGACCGGUGGUCAAGCUCUGUCCAUUACCUUUGAGAAAUUGA